GAUGCCAGGGCUUGAGCGUUGCAGAGAAAGCUUCAAAUUGUUUUUAACUUUCUGUUUUCAGGCUACGCCCAGACUGGCUGCCCUCAGUCGCUGAAAGCCAUUGCACCGAGACUUCUCUCCCUGUUGACUGCCAGAAACAACCUUCUGUCUGGAGGUAGAAGAUGUUGCACUCCAGCUUGCACCCAUCCAUUCCUCAGCCCAGGGGCCGCAGGGCCAAGAAGGCAGCCUUUGUUUUGCUGAGUGUCUGCCUGGUAGUCCUUUGGGACUUAGGGGAGCGGCCAGAACACAUUCUCCAGUGGCUGAUGCUCCACCUGGCCUCCCUGCAGCUGGGACUCUUAUUCAAGGGAGUCUGCAGUCUGGUCGAAGAGCUACGUCACGUCCACUCCAGGUACCAGGGCAGCUACUGGAAGGCUGUGCGGGCCUGCCUGGGCUGCCCCAUCCGCUGUGGGACCGUGCUGCUGCUAUCCUGCUAUUUCUACACCUCCUUCCCAAACACAACUCACCUGCCCUUCACUUGGACACUUGCGCUCCUGGGCCUCUCACAGGCACUGAGCAUCCUCCUGGACCUCCAGGACCUGGCCCCAGCUGAGGUCUCUGCAGUCUGUGAACGCAGGAACUUGAACGUGGCCCAGGGGAUGGCAUGGUCGUUUUACAUUGGGUACCUGCGACUGAUUCUGCCAGGGCUUCCGGCCCGGAUCCACAGUUACAAUCAGCACCACAACAAUUUGCUACGGGGCGCAGGAAGCCAUCGGCUGUACAUCCUCUUCCCGUUGGACUGUGGGGUGCCUGACGACCUGAGUAUGGUCGACCCCAAUAUUCGCUUCCUGCAUGAGCUGCCCCUGCAGAAAGCUGACCGUGCUGGCAUCAAGAGCCGGGUUUACACCAACAGCAUCUAUGAGCUCCUGGAGAACGGGAGACAGGUGGGCGCUUGUGUUCUGGAGUAUGCCACCCCCUUGCAGACCCUGUUUGCCAUGUCCCAGGAUAGCCGAGCUGGCUUUAGCCGGGAGGAUCGGCUUGAGCAGGCCAAACUCUUCUGCAAGACGCUUGAGGACAUCCUGGCAGAUGCCCCUGAAUGUCAGAACAACUGUCGCCUCAUUGUCUACCAGGAGCCUGCAGAGGGAGGCAACUUCUCCCUGUCACAGGAGAUCCUCAGGCACCUGAAGCAGGAGGAAAAGGAGGAAGUUACUGUGGAUAGUGCAAGAACCUCAGUGAUGCCUGACCCUUCCAUGCUUCCCCAAGGGCCUGAGCUCCUCAUCAGUAGCAUGGACCAGCCUCUGCCGCUCCGCACGGAUGUCUUCUGAGGCCCAUGGUCAGCUUGUCUGAGUACCCAGCAGUCCCCAAGACUCUCUGGGUUGGGGGCUUUCUUUAGGGGCUAGGUGCUCAGGAAAGCCAUUUCCUCCCACAGGGGGCCUCUCAAAGAAGGUACAGGGGCUUGACCUCUCAAGAUGAGUCCUAGGACCUGGGGCAAGUUGUUUUGCCUGAGCCUCAGUGUCUUCGUCUAUGAAAUGGGGUCAUACUCAUUGCCCUACCUCACAGUUGCUGUGAGCACUAUGACUGUAUGGAGAUUUCUCGUAAACUCUAAUCUUCAGGUACACUUAAAGAAUGUGCCAAGUGUCUUCCAUUGGACCUUCCGGAUCUUGUCUCUCCACCCCUGUCUACCCCCUCCCCCCUGGAUGGAAUCUCCCUUGCCCCCUGGCUUCUGGUUAUGUUUGGCAGUGGGGAACCCCAGCGGGAGAAUGGUGGAAAGGAAGAGAAUGAAGUUAAAGCAAAAUUGCCCACAUCUGGGAAAGGAGGUGGCCCAUUUCUACCAGUUCCAUUCGUUCCAUCCAGAACUUGUUCCUUCCUUCCCUCUCACCUUUGUUUUUGUCACAAAUGUUCAAUAUGCAUAUCUGAGCACAGCAUGCCAUAGAGAAAGGCUCCACACACACAUAUUUUCCAGAAGGAACCAACUGCCCCUAAGGAUGACAGAGCCAAGAGGGUGAAGGGGAACAGUCCCUUCCUCUCCCCAGCUGUCCCAGCCAUUCUGUCCCCAAGGCCUGAGGAUCCUCCAACAUCACACCAGUCAGUCCUAGAGCUAGAAACCAGACCAGAAUCAAGAGCCUCCCCAGCAUGACUUUCCCCACCCAUCUAGCCCUCAACAUGGUUGUGGAGUCUGACAGCCUCAGGUUCAAAUCCUUCUCUACUACUUAGUACAUGUAUGCACCUGGGUGUCUUAAUAUCCCCAAAUGAAAA